AGGGAGCAGGACAGGCCGCGGGCCGGGCCCCCGGAGGCCGGGGAGGACACCCUUGGCAGGGGCCAGGCUCCUGCCCCCGGGGAGGACGCUGCCGCCCAACAGCCGGAACAGAGGCUGGACGCCGGGCCUGGGCCUGGGCCCGGACCCAGGCCAGCCGCCGCCGGGGCCCCGAAGCCAGACAACGCCAGACCCAACCGGGAGCUGAAGGUCCAGGGAGACACGGACCUGCGGCGGCGGCGGCGUGCCCUGGGCCCUCCUGCCAGUGGGGGCCUGGCCCCCGGGCAUGGGGUGCUCAUCAGCCUUGACCCACUGCCCGACGUGCGGGUCAGCGACCUGCGCAGCGCCCUGGAGACCCAGCUGCACCAGGCCGCGGGGGGCACUCUGCGGGUGGUGCCUGGCCGCCGGGUCAAGCAGGUGCCCGCCGCCCGGGAGGAGGCCUGAGUGUCCUGGGCCUCAGCUGGUUGGCAGGGAGCCCGCCGGGACUGCGUGGACUGGGCCUCGCAGCCCCAGCUUCUGCCAGCCGGCACCUGAGGCCCCGCCCUGCCUCCAGGGACCAAUAAACGCUUUCCUGCUCAGGUG